GGGCUACUUUGACACUUUCAAGCGCCUUGAGAUGGAGGAGGAUAUAGAAACUGACGACGAUUUUGCAGUAGCAGAGGCCAGGGAAUUGGUAACCACCAUGAAUAGAAAGAAAAAGAAAUCUGGCGGAUUUCAAGUUAUGGGUCUCAGUUUUUUGGUCUUUAAAGGGAUCACCAAGAAAGGGUACAAGUUACCUACUCCAAUCCAACGAAAGGCUAUUCCACUGAUCUUAAGUGGCCGUGACGUGGUUGCCAUGGCCCGGACUGGAAGUGGGAAAACGGCAGCGUUUCUGAUACCGAUGUUUGAAAAAUUGCAGCAGCAUAUGACCACUGGACCUCGUGCAUUGAUACUGAGCCCAACUCGAGAGUUAGCCAUUCAGACUCUAAAUUUCACAAAGCAGCUAGGAAAGUUCACUACUCUGAGUGCAGCCGUCAUACUUGGGGGAGAUAAAAUGGAAGAUCAAUUUGCCGCUCUUCACUCUAGUCCGGACAUAAUCAUCGCCACUCCCGGCCGUUUGCUACACAUUCUCAUGGAAAUGAACUUCAGUCUGAAGACGAUUGAAUAUGUAGUAUUUGAUGAAGGCGACCGGCUAUUCGAAUUGGGGUUUGCCGAGCAGUUGUCGGAAACGCUUCAUCGGUUGCCACGUGAUCGUCAGACCCUCAUAUUCUCGGCUACACUACCAGGCAACUUGAUCGAGUUUGCACGAGCUGGUCUGAAUGAUCCGGUUCUACUUCGUCUGGAUGUGGAUACAAAACUGAGCAAGAAUCUGAAGUUAAUCCAUCUCAGUUGUCUCCCUGACGAGAAGAAUUCUUUGCUGCUCCAUUUGCUUCGUUGCGUCAUUCCAAAAAAAGAGCAAGUAGUCGCCUUCUUUGCCACGAAGCACCACGUCGAGUUCUUCCAAAUGUUACUUACCGAAGCUGAACUCCCAUGCACCUGUAUACAUUCUGGUCUGGAUCCAGCUGCGCGUAACUCGGCGAUCAAAGAGUUUACUUCGAAUCAAACUCGUGUUUUGUUGGUCACUGAUGUGGCUGCCCGUGGCGUGGACAUUCCCUUAUUGGAUAAUGUGAUAAAUUUUCAUUUCCCACCGCAACCGAAACUUUUCCUACACCGAGUAGGCCGUGUGGCACGAGCCGGUCGGUCAGGAACGGCAUACUCUCUCAUUGACCCCGAUGAACUCCCAUACCUCUUUGAUGUGCUAGUUUUUCUUGGAAAAAGUCUACAAACAAGUGGUCCCAUUUCAGAAGACAACGUAAACGAUUCGCUUGGUCGAGCACCUCACGGCUUAGUGAGUAGCACGGGCAACGUGGCUCAACAAUUGGUGGACAGAAAUGCGAGCAUUGCUUCUAUGAGAAAACCGUGUGCUAACGCAAUGAACCGAUUUGUUAAAACCCGUCCAAAAGCAUCAAGCGAGUCUAUCCGACGUGCAAAAGAGCUCCGUGGAAUGUUACAUUCUUUGCCAGUACAUCCAUGUUUUGGAGUUGAAUACGAGGCUGAUGCCGAGGUUCUAGAUGUCAUCCGAGGACUGAAAUUACCAACCAUUUUUGAAGCACUUGGCCGACAAGCAAAUCCGGCUGCAUAUGAUAUGAUGGCGAAAAAACGCAAAGUUCACGCAAAUGCGAUUGCUCAGCAUCAGGCUCGCCAGCUUCACCUGAAACAACGUGAAGCAAACAAGCCAGCGGUACUCACGCGUACGGUCAAUCUGUCUGCACCGACUGUUACUGAUUCUGUGGAAGAUGGGUACAAUCUGGAGAAUACGGAAUUGUUCAUUCCAUACAGCCGUGGUAACGAGGCUUCUGAACGUGGCCUUUCCGUUUCAAAUUCGGUAAACCACUUUACAGCCCAGGCAGCUGAAGCAUCCAUGGAUCUGAUGGGUGAUGAACUGUCACAGGCGGACAAGCUUCGUCCGGCGGGCUCACGACUCAGAAAACAAGUGUGGGAUCGGAAAAAGAAACGAUAUGUGGAUUCCGAAGCCGCAGAGGGAAAGGCUAAUUUGAAGCGAAUCAAAACUGAAAGUGGCAUUUGGAUUCCUGCUUCAUACAAGACAGACAGGUAUAACCAGUGGAUCAAACGCUCCAACGUAGAUCAAGGAGCACCCGACUCUGGCAGAAAUGUGGGGGACAUCUCGCAGCCGCACACUUCCUUUUCCGCACGAUUUGGUGGUGUUGUAGAGUUCCCGGAAGAACCUGAAGAACCAAAGAACAGACCACAGGACCGUUUCAAAGCUAAGCGUAAUGCACAAGCUGUUGAUCGCAAAGGCUUCAAGGCUCCCACAAGCAAAGGAAAAUCCACAGAUGAAGUUCAUGGAACAAAAUUCAAAGUGCUGGGAACAAAGCCAUGGUAUCAUCGUGCCCAUGCUCAUCAGAAAGAAAAAGCUCAGCUCAAACAGGAUGCGCAAAAAAUACGAAUGCCUAAAGGCAGUCGCACGUUUGGGCAACUACGUAAACCUGAACAAAUCUUGAAACAACGUCGCUUGCGGUCCAAAAUGCGCCAGGCAGCCCAUAAAAAGAAGACACAAAAACACGGGGGACCUUCUCACAAGACAAAGAUGGGAAAGAAGGUGCCGUUCAAAAGAUCACGCAAAUAGACUGCCUUUUUUGCUUGAACAAAUGGAGUUAUUUUUUUCGAAAAUUUGAUCUGUAAAUAAAGUAAUCGCUGAACCACCUCUUACACUGCGAACACAACGUAGCCGUUCUUUUCU